UAGAAUCAUAUAUAUUCUAUUCAAAGUCUUGUGAACUCUGCUUCAGUACGCAACACUUCGAUUCAUACAUCAUCUUCUUCUCUCAAUUUCAGUAUCAACACAUUGCUCAACCAGUACCGUCUUUGGCCACAGCAAUUUGAAAGUAUGUCAAUUCUACCAACCAUUCGAACCGUUCUUAACACAAUCAAACAGCAAUGCAUCAUCAUCGAUCCACGUCCUACACUCCGCCAUCGCCUACCUCACCACCACCAACCUCCGUCCCGGACCUAGUGUUCCGGGUACAUCGUCCAGGAGCCCAAACCCGUUACUCCUUCGGCACAGGCUUCCGCUCCAAGAACCAAACCACCAUCCUGAACCAGCUCGCCAACCUCAGCCAGUUCGCUCUCGCCCACCUCCUCGGCCAGACCAACAUCUCUUCGCCACUCAUCAGCGUGUACGACAACCAGGCCCACGCCGAAUACAUCGCACAGCGCUACGCACAGAUGUACAACGAAGAAACCUUGGUCGUGACGAUCGACACCAAAUACUUUGCUCGCGGGCCUGUCUUCAGGGCUGCGGAUUUGCUGGCGGGCCGGGACGAGAACUCCGCGCUCUCGGAGUGGGAGGAGCUGCUUCAUAGGGGCGAGUAUCUGAUCAUGUACAAGAUUCCUCCGCAGGCCGUGAGGGUCGAGGUUAAGGUCGGUUGGGUAGGGAACAGCAAGCGUGAUUCUGCUGGCUCGGUUGGGGUUGUUGGUAGUCGAUGAGGUUCGUUAGAGACGGUGGUUGCAUAGAAUUUAGGCAGCAACCACAUAUGGUGUUUCUCGGAUUUGGUGUGGUCU